AUGUCUCAGAACGAUGUCCUGAAGCGUACCUCGACGUACAAUCUCCGGUCCCUACAUCGACAGCUACUGCACUCUUCAUCUUUGUGUCAUGAUGACUCCGAGCCAGCACCAGAGCUCGAGGGACACAUAUCAACGGUUGAUGGGCUCGGUCCUCAAUCUCACAUCGAUCUUGUUCCGUGCUUGCCGCAAUCCAAAGUGGUGUUGUCUAAUGAUCCGAUGGCUGGUGAAGACAACGUCACGCUAGACUAUAAGGUUGCGGAUUUUCGGGAUGCCUGGGACAGGUCCAAGAAAUCUCAUGAAAGUGAAAUGUCAGUCAGAGAUGAAUCAUUCGAACCCGAAGCUGUUCCAAGGACUGGUCUUGCCCCCAGAAUCAACUUUGUCAGCGCCACGAGCCUGCUCAACACCCCAAACCUUAUCAGUGCCGCCAUUAUUGUCUUUUUUUCCCUGUCUCCCUACAUCGGCCAUCCAGCAUGGAUUCUUCCCACAUUCUCAACAUCCACUGCGAAUUUCACCCUCCCGCUCACCAAGGAUAUCUCUCACGUCCACACCACCUUCCGCGAGACCGUGGUCCCCUUCAGGUCGCGCUGGGAAAUUGACGACCUUGUCAAGGUCACACCCUGGAGCUUUUUCCUCAUGCUCGAUAUUGAGCUAGACGAUGUGGAGACAGGUCUCAAUGCGUGGGGACACGCUUCCAUCCCGGGGCCCGAUCCAAAGCUGCGCGACCAAAUUCGCGGAUUGAGGCGCAGUAUUCCUGUCUUUCAACCUUCCGAGUCCGAUCCGUGGACACCAUUCGCCUGGGCGUGUGCUAGGGUUGUGGAAUACACUGUUCGUGACUCGGCCGCGCGUAUAUUUAAUGCUCCUACGCCGGCCAAGAAGAUCGACAUGAUUUCUACCUACUGGUACCGAAUGAGUCGCUAUAAUCAGAACCUGAUCGGAAUAACGGAGGCUCUGGGGAGCUUUAUACAAGGUUCACGACAUACGGAGGAAGUGCUGGUACAAAUUCGCCAACAGUUACUCGCACAACAAGACCACCCGAACUACACAAUACAUAAAGAGGAUGAGUGGAUGCCAGAACUUCUUGAGACAAUCGACUACACGCUGCUUCACAUAGUCCCUCAAGUAAAGCUCUUUGACGAUAUGAGACCGCCUGCUAUAGUCAAGCUCAAGAAACUAAACCAGACUAUUUCUCGGCAGCAUGAUAUCUGGAGACAGCAAAAACCGAUCGUUGAGAAGGGGAUUGUAUACGAGCCGAAGCCCUGGUUCCCAUUGGUAAUAGGUCGCUCGAAGGUGGAAGAAACCUGGAGCGGUGUUUCGCCUGACGAGUUGGAGUUGAUGGAUGACGAGGGUAUACUUGGAAUGGCCUCCCAACGUUCCACUUUGCAGGACGGAGAUUAUGAGGCUGAUGAGUGGGAGAAGGGUAAUUUUGCGAGGCCGCGUAAGCAAUUUCAUGUGCGCAACCGCCCUCGUGUGAAGAAGAGUUGGUCCGCUUGGUUCAGCUGGUUGGCAUAA